GCCCCUACCCAGCCCCAGACGUUCUGGCCUCCCCCGAGGCUGAUCUGCCUGCAAAGAUCCGUCUCGCCGCUUCCAGACCCCGGGGACUGACGGCUCCCAACUCUCUAAGUCAGCUUCCUCACUGCACUUAGCUUGUUCCGGACCCAUAGAGGGAACGUAGUGCCGAGUGCAAGACCAGGAUCUUGGUGGCGGCAGCAACGACCGAUGGGGGAGUAGGGGUGGCGCAGAGGUGCCAGGGCACCGAGGGUCAGCGGGACAUCUGGCCUGGCCACGCGGCUUCAAGUUUCCACCGGCACAAGGUUGUGCAACUGCGAGCAGAGCGAGAGCCGCGGGCGCCUCGGAAAACAAGGCGAGCCCAUAAACAAAGCCACGUGGCCUCGGGGCGCAGGGGGAGGGCCGGGCUAAGAGCAGGCGGCUCUUCCGGCAACAAAGAGACCGGGCAGCGGCCCGGGAUAAAUACUGCGCCCCGGCAGCCGCGCAUCAUUCCCGGAGUCAGGACGCGACACGCGAUCCUUCCCAGCGCCUGCGCCCCUGUGAGUGCAAGGACCCCCGCGCCCACCCAGGAUCCGCCGCCCUCCACACCAGUUCCCCCACUCUUGACCCGGUCGCCGCCUUGCGUUCCCCAGCAUCUUCCCAGCGCGCCGCAUCCCCCGGGCAAGCCAGGCCGGUUCCUGGCUGUCAGUCCGUCCCGUCCGUCGGUCGCGUCCGCGCUCGGUACCAUGCCGUUCCUUGGGCAGGACUGGCGGUCCCCGGGCCAGAGCUGGGUAAAGACAGCGGACGGAUGGAAGCGCUUCUUGGAUGAGAAAAGCGGCAGCUUCGUGAGCGACCUCGGCAGUUACUGCAGCAAGGAGGUGUACAGUAAGGAGAACCUGUUCAACAGUCUCAACUACGACGUGGCAGCCAAGAAGAGGAAGAAAGACAUACAGAACAGCAAAACCAAAACUCAGUACUUCCAUCAAGAAAAGUGGAUCUAUGUUCACAAAGGGAGUACCAAGGAGCGCCACGGAUACUGCACUUUGGGGGAAGCUUUCAACAGACUGGACUUCUCGACUGCCAUCCUGGAUUCCAGGAGAUUCAACUACGUAGUAAGGCUGUUGGAGCUGAUAGCAAAGUCACAGCUAACAUCCCUGAGUGGCAUCGCCCAAAAGAACUUCAUGAACAUUUUGGAAAAAGUAGUACUGAAAGUUCUUGAAGACCAGCAAAACAUAAGGCUCAUACGGGAACUUCUCCAGACCCUCUACACAUCUUUAUGCACACUGGUCCAGAGAGUCGGCAAGUCUGUGCUGGUGGGCAACAUUAACAUGUGGGUGUAUCGGAUGGAGACCAUUCUACACUGGCAGCAGCAGCUGAACAGUAUCCAGAUCAGCAGGCCUGCCUUCAAAGGCCUCACGAUCACUGACCUGCCUGUGUGCUUACAACUGAACAUCAUGCAGAGGCUAAGCGACGGGCGGGACCUGGUCAGCCUGGGCCAGACAGCCCCAGACCUGCAUGUGCUCAGUGAGGACCGGCUACUGUGGAAGAGACUCUGCCAGUACCACUUCUCAGAGAGGCAGAUCCGCAAGCGAUUGAUCUUGUCUGACAAAGGGCAGCUGGACUGGAAGAAGAUGUAUUUUAAGCUUGUUCGAUGCUACCCAAGAAGAGAGCAGUAUGGGGUCACCCUGCAGCUUUGCAAACACUGCCACAUUCUCUCCUGGAAGGGCACUGACCAUCCCUGCACGGCCAACAACCCAGAGAGCUGCUCCGUCUCACUUUCCCCUCAAGACUUCAUCAAUUUGUUCAAGUUCUGAAUAAUCCCAGCACACGACAGUACUUCAGAAGGCUCCUGAUUGGAUGGCUGGGAGUCGAGACACUUCCUUUGUAAAUAGUGUACAUUUUAAGCAUUGGCUUGAAACUGCGGGGAUACGUCAUUGAGAAGACAUUGGUGGGGAAGAAAUGCAAUUGCCAGUGGAAAUUUACAAAUGUGAAUUUCACAUGAGAACUGGUACAGAAAAGCAGAAAUAACUGUAAAUAGACUUUUUAUUUUCCCUAACGAUUUGCAAGCAAGACUAUAAAGGCAAGAACUCUAUGUCAGCCAUGGAAAUAGAAUCCUUUUGAGUUCCCUAGGAAGAAAAAGGCAAAAAAACUCAAAAGACAAGAUGGAACACUGUUUACAAUGUGAAAAUGCUGUUAAGACAAAAUGAGGAAGAAGGAAAAUGAACGCUGUGAUUGAGAAAUCCUUGGGCUUUGGGUUUGGAUUCAGGGGUUUGUUUUCAACAGGCAAAGAAGUAUAUCCACCAGAAAUCUGCACGGGCAUAAGUCCUUAUCCUAUGAAGAUGCCACACAAUGGUCUACCUCUAAAAGCAUAGUGUGCUCUCUGGCAACAUACAUUAUCUAGCAGGCCAUGUCUGUGUUUCAUGUAAGUUCUAUACUCUGUCAAGUGAUCUAAAACGGGAAGGCUGUUAGAAAAAAAAAAAAGCCCUCUCUUGGUUCCGACUUCCUGUUCCCCCAGUCCCUCUCAGUACCUGCGUCUCUUUUACCUUCCAUGUUGUUGCUCAUGUAGGGAACCAGGAGGCCAGCUAAAGAACAGGUGAAGUCAUGAAGAGAGAAUUAGGCACUUGUGAAGAAUAUUCAGCACUUUCGAUUGAACUCUUCCUUCCUCUAGCCUAACUUCUGGGCUUGUCUGGGCUUCCUUGGGUGUCUUCAUGGAUAAGUGGAUAUCUGGGACCUUAGUGGAGCCCAAGAACUGAGGCUGGAGAGACACGUUUUUUUCAUAAUAGCCAGUUAAACAUUCUGCCAGCUGCCGCUUCCCCUUGGCAAGGCAGAGAGCUGGGGCAGUCUGUUCUGCAGGCUCAACUUCAAACUUGAGUCAUCCUGAACUGGGACUUCUCACAAGCAUGAUUUAAAAGAAAGCCUGGAGUUCCAGCCAGAUAGAUGUGCUCAUCUUAAACUUGUUUCAGGACUGGGUUAGAGCAAAGAGAAUUAAAAGAUAAAGGAUCCCAGGAGUUCUUGCUAGGCAGAGACAUGAACACUGUGGAAGAAAGGAGAUCUCAGGGCUUAAGGAGUUAAUUCCUGGGGUGGGGGAAAUGUUUUUAUUUUUUACUUUUUAUAGAUUGUUGCUUUUCUACAAUGUACAUAUAUUUGCAAUUGUAUCUGCUUUUUAAAAAAAAAAAACAAACCUUCAAAUAAAAUUGCCACUACGCAUGCUCUUGGCAAAUAAGCAGAAA